AUGGAUUUCGAGAUAGUAAGAUCUUCUGUGCUGAAAUUGGUUCAAGAAUCAAAAAGUAAAGGAAACUUUUCUCUGAACCGUUUGGCUGAACAUGUAUAUUCUAUGUUACAAUCCGAGUUAUUGGUCAGAUGUUAUGAUAUUGUAAACAUUGUUAAUCGUCCUUCUAUUUUGGACGAGUUGGAUAGUUAUAUACCUUAUGCAAACAUCAAUGAAGUUCAAACAGGUUUACCUCCAUUUUCAAUGGAUCAACUUAAAAAAAGAAUCACUGGCUUACAUUUACCGCACGGUACAGGUAUAUUCACUAUCCAGUUGCCUGAUUAUCAACCUCGAUUUGGAUAUCGAAGGUCAGGUAUUGUUCUUCGACAAGCAGUCAUUAAAGGGGAAGUAGAAAAUUUAUUUGUUUCAGGAGUAGAACAUGGCAGUCCAGCAAGCAAUGCAAUGGAUUUGCAUAUGGGAGAUCGUAUAUAUUCAAUAUCAGGUUACCCAUUAGACUGGCAUACAUUAGAACAAUUAAGAUACAAGCUAAUUGAACUGGAUGGAUUGGCACCAAAUUCAAAUAUUUACGAUUUAGCAAACUAUCUACUUAAUAGGCCCUAUCAGAACACUGGGAUUUCCCGCGAUCAUAAUUAUAAUAGAAAUAGUAGUGUUUAUAAAGUUCCUAGCGAACAAACUAGUUUAACAAAUUUUAAACCACCAGUUCUUGUCAUCUUUCGAUAUCCAAAGUCAAAUUCAUUGUGGUCCAAUCAAAUAGCUAAUAACGAGACAAAUGAAUUACCAUUGCAGACAACAGAGAAUAACAGUUCAUUCAGUUGUUAUGAAACAGUUCUUGAAAAUGAUGGUAAUGACAAUGGACUUGGUCUACAAAUAGGAUUCAAUCAAGAUAAUACAGGAAUUCACAUUGUAUCUAUAUUCAAAAAUAGUCAGGCUGAAAGAGAUGGUGUUUUAAAAGAAGGUGAUCGUGUAAUUGAGGUGAAUUAUCAAAAUCUUGAAGGAUUAGAAGGUAAACAAGCUUUGAAAAAAGUUAAAAGUAUAUGUCGUAACACGAAAUAUGUACAAAUUAAAUGUUCAAGAAAUAAUCAAAUUAAUAAUAAUCAUGAUGAGAAUCAUUUGAUAUCAUCUUGUGAUGAUAAAAAAGAACAACCUGAAGACAAUAAUCUACAUGACCCUAUAUUGAAUAAUGAAGAUGUUAAUAAUAUUAGUAUUGAUGUGAAAAGUGUUUUAACUCGGACACCAACACCGACAAUGAAUAAUUCAGAUACAUCUAUAUAUGAUUCUCAAGAUGAUUCUGUCUUAUUUUAUAAUUGUAAAUUCAAUCAACCUGAUGACGAAUGUAUGAAUGAGACAGAUAGUAAUGAUAAAAGUUUGUUGAAAAAGUGGCUAGAUGUAUUCAAUCCUGAUGUUGAAUUAUUGUUAGUAUAUUAUGAUAUCAAAAAUUCAAAUUGUGGUUUGGGUAUUGGCAUUGGGGAUACUGUAGAAGAUGACGAAAUAUUUGGUAAAAAUCAACAUCGUCAUUAUAUAAUGGAAAUUAAUUCUGAAGGACCUAUUGGCAAAGAUGGAACCUUAUCUAUUGGAGAUGAGUUACUUGAAAUUAAUGAUGUUGUUAUCGUUAACAAAGAUCAUUUAGAGAUCUCCAGUAUUUUUCCUACUAUUCCUGCUGAAGGAUAUUUAAUAUGUGCUCGUUAUCAAAAUAAAUCUCAAAUUGAUAUCAAAGUAGAAAAUGGAAGUGAUGAAUUAGCCAGUGUUGUUUUCUUCACCCGAACUCUAAGUGAUGGUGAGAUUCCUAAUGUUGAUUUCAAUGAGCAGAUUUUGGAUAAUAAUGUUUUCGAUGAAAGCAAUUCAGGAUUUAAAAAUAACAUAUCCCUAGCACCACCGAACAGUGAAGAAGGAAUUGAUCAACAUUCUGGAUCUGAUAUUGAUGAAAGUCGAUAUCCAAUAAAACUAUUGACGAUUACUAAUUCUGCUCUGCAGAAUAAAAGCUCCAGUCUUGAAUUCCAGAGUGAAGAUAUUCCAACUGAUAAAAUGAUAAACGAAGAUAUUAAACCAGAAAUCGAUAAGAAUAACCUAAUAAUGCAUGAUCAAAAACCUAUCGAAUCGACACUAAUAAGUCCACUACAACGUCUACCAAUGGCUGUUAAAUUAGUGAAAUCCAUGGAAAAAUUACCGUCUCAAGUAUCCGAUUUAAUUUCUGAAAAUAAUAAUCCAGACCAUACUAAUCUGAUUCAGCCGAAUGAAAUAACCAAUCGAAAUGAUGAUAAUGUGUUAACUGUUAAAGUUUUGAAAAAAGCCGGUGAAAUACUUGGUUUAGAACUGGAAUUAGAAAGUGGAGAUGAAAGAGGUAUAAAACUUGCACAUAUUACUCCUGGAAGUCCAGUAGAUCGUUUGAAAUAUUGGAAUAAACACAAAUCUAUGAAUUAUAUUCAAACUGAUUCAGACUAUUCUAAACCUUCAGAUACUUCUUGUAUAAAUGAUGAUCAUUUACGUAUUCCUACUGCUGGUGAUCGAAUUCUAAGUGUAUCAGAUUACAGUUUUCAAAAUAUGUCAGCUUUUACGGCAUUAAGAUUAUUAAGAAAAUUAAUUUCUUAUUCUGGUUUUAUAAAAAUCAAAUUUAUACCUAGUGAAUAUUUUGGAAAUAAUCAAUUGAAAUACAAUAGUCAAUGUAGAAUGUCACAAAUGAUUUCACAUACAAAUAAUUACACUGAACAACAAUAUAAUUAUUUUCCAAAGCCAUUUAUCUUAAAUAAAGCUAAUACUACUACUAAUAAUAAUGAUAAUAUUAGUAAUAAAAGUAAUGAUAAUGAUAAUAAUAAUAAUAAUAAUCAACUAAUACACUUGAAUAAGCAUUCAUCUUCAUUUAAAUCUAUUUUAAACACUGAAACAACAUCUAAAUUAGAUCAAUCAUUCAGAACUGUUAGACAAUACUUAAUUACUGAAAAUAAUCCAAUUUACUACUACUCAAUGGAUACGCCUAAUAAAAAUGACAAAUUAAUUUUAAAAAAUGAACUACCAAAUGUUAAGCAAAAAAUUGAUCAGUUCAACAAAAUUGCUUAUAACCAUAUGUUUCAAUCACGCAGUGAUAUUCCAAUUAUAAAGUUGAAUAAUAAUGAAUUUCCUUGGUCAAAUGAACGAUUCUAUUUGAGACAAGUGAAUAAAACACUUAGUCUUUGGAAUUCUAAUGAACAACUAAAUUCAAAGUCAGUUGCUAUGUCAAAUAUAAACACCUUCUCAAACAAUAACAAUCAGCACAAUCAUGAAGGAUUUAUUGAUUUCAAUUAUGAUGCAUUUUCAUUUAAAAGCAUAUUCAAAAAUGUAAAUCAUGAAUCUAUUGAACUAAAAAAUACUUUAUCAACAGAUAAACAAUAUAAGUAUCACAAAACUAAACGUGAACAUUCAUUUAUAAUUUCUAAUCAUCCAAAUGAAUCAGAUAAAUAUUCUUCUCAAACUGAACAAAAUCAACUACUCAUUGGAGGAAAAUUAAAAUAUAAGAAAGAAAACAAUGACAGCAACAACAAUUUAACUUUAGAUGAAUUCAUAAAUAAUAAUACAAUACAAAAUGUUAACCUGUUGUCUGAACAGUUCACACUAGACGUUUAUAGAAAUUCUAAUCAAAAUUUAGGAUUUUCAGUAUCACGUUUGACUUCAUUAUUCGAUGAAACUUCAAAUUAUUACAUAGUCAUCAGUGAUAUUCAACUUCCCAAUAAAAACAAUCAUUUACAAAUUGGGGACUGUAUUUUAUCAGUAAAUGAAAUAAAUUUAAUUAACAUGGAUUUAAGGAAAUCAGUUAAAUUAUUAAAAUCAACACCAUUUCCAAUUCAAUUAAAAAUACAAAGGUUGAAUAAAAUCAAUUUGUUAACUGAUAUUAACUGUGAAGAAGAUCUGUCAGUCGAUACAGAUACAGAUGAAGAAGCUGAAAUAAUGACGAAAAUUAUUGACAUGGCACAAAAUUAUACUUUUACUAAUUGCACAAAAAUCAAAGAACAAGUUGACAUGGAGGAUAUUCAAAAUACAAAUCUGUGUAACGUUGAAUUAACUGAAACUAAUCAUAAUGCAAUAAAUGAUAGAACAACAAAAACUGUAUUACAUAAUCAAUCUGUUAAAUUAUUACGACAAAAAGUUAUCAAAUGGUUACAUAUUCAUCAAACAUUAAUUCAAUUAAAUAAAUAUAAAUUGAAACAAUUCAAUAAACAUCAUUACAAUUAUGGUGAUGAAACUGAAAUUACAAUGAAUAAUACAGAUGAUAUGAUAUGGAAGGAUGAUGGAGUUUUAGUCUAUAAAUUAAGCAAUAAAUGA